CUUGAUUUUCAGCUCACUUGCACAUGUGGGGGUGGUAGACGGGGACUGGGGGGCAGUGAUGGAAAGCGAACGACAGGGGCUCGCGCUCCCUCCCUUCGCUCUUGCGCACCGACUGUGACUACGCUCCCUCUCUUCCACAUUCAAACAUGGCGAAACUCUUUGCCAUUAUACCACCACCUUCACUCUCACCGUCCUCCACUUUAUCGUUACCAUCACAACUCACACCAACAUCUUUACCUUCAUCGUCACUUUUAUCUCCGGUACCGUGAUGACCCGGGAGGAUGGAGAAGUUGUCGGCGAGCCUGUCGGGGAUUACUUGGAGCCCGUUGGCGCUGCCGCUGGACGCGGUGGUCAGUAAGUUCCGUCUGCCCACUCUGGUCCGCUUGGCCCACGGUGAAUGUGUGGAGGGUUUGACGGAGGAGGAUGUAGUGCUCUUACACUCCUGUCGUCAGUGGACCACAGUGACGGCCCACAGCUUAGAGGAGGGACACUACGUAAUCGGACCCAAGAUCGACAUUCCGCUGCAGUACCAGGGAAAGUUCAAGUUGUUGGAUGAAGACCGAGACGUCAGGGAUCCAGUCCAGUAUUUCUCCAGUGUGGAGGAAGUUGCUGGAGUCUUCCCUGAUCGGGUCUUUGUCAUGGAGACAAUCACUUUUAGUGUCAAGGUGGUUUCAGGAGAGUUCAGUGAGGACAGUGAACCCUACAGCUUCACUCUCCAGGCUGGAGAUGAGCUGUCACUCAUGGGGAAGGCAGAGCUUCUCUGUGCCACACCCCCAAAGGAAAAGACGGGACUGAGUGCGCUUCUGAGACGACUGGGAAAGACUCCUAGAAGUAAAACACCCUGCCUGGUCUGUAUGAACCAUCGCACCAACCAGAGUGUCAGUCUGCCAUUUGGCUGCCGUGGACGCUUUUGCACACGUUCACCCCUGGAGCAAGGCAUGCUGGGAGGGGAACACACAAUACGCAGCAUAAUUGAGAGAGUUCGCCUGCCUGUCAAUGUUUCUGUGCCGUCACGGCCACCACGGAACCCUUAUGAUAGACAUGCAGUUCGAGAGGGCCAUCGCUAUAAGCUGCUCAACAUCGUCAGUAAGACAGUGGUGCUCUGCAUGGUCCUCCGCCGACAGGAAGUCUCCCCUUCACACUUCUUGCUGCUGCGCUGCAUGCCUCGCUUCAAUGUGGCAGAAGCAUCUGUUCACACAGCAGUGCUGGAGAACCUUCUUCUGCGGCAUGCCUUCGACCCGGAUGCCUAUUCUCGUGCAGUUCGAGAAACUCGGCCAGAGUUGGAGUGCAUGACUGAGGAGUGUGUAAGCCCGAGGCGCUCUCGCAUGUGUGUGUCGGGUCAGGACUCUAUGGCGCCGGCACUGCAGCGCCUCUCAAUGUGCGGGUAUGUUGGUGGGGUUUCAGAUAACAUGUCACAACGCUGCAGGGACUCUCUAGGAGAGAGGCUGGGGGAGGGACCAGGUGAGGAGAGGGAAUAUGUGACUGCUGAGUGGACUGAGGAGGAAAUCAGGACCAGUGAGGAGAUCCCAUACGAGGAACUCUGGACCAAUCAGAACGCAGAGGGCUUGGGAAAGGAGCCAAACCUAAUAUCAUUCCAUUCGUCUUCCUCAUUGGACGGUUCUCUUGGUACCAUGGUGACUCGAGUGUCUACUCCGCCACCUGUACCUCCAAAAUCUGAUGCUGUGAGAGAGGAGUGCCGCUACUUGAUUGCCCCUCCGGUUCCCCCUCGCUACUCUAAGGGAGGCUCCAUCUCCAGUCCGGCCCCCAGCCCUCCUGUUCCACCUCGCUUUCCCAAAACCUCCACCUCCCCGAGACCAAACCUCUCCUUCUACUCUUCUGGACUGCAUAACAGCUGCUCGCCCUCACCAGAUGCCACUCUCUAUUGCUAUCCAUGUUCCUGGGCAGACUGUCCUGCUCCUAGUCCCGCCAGUCCUGAGCCAGUUUCUGCCCUCCCUGCAGACAGCACAGCCAACCCUCAACCUGCACAGGCCACCUGGGCAGAGCCGUGGGCGGAUACCUUCACUCCCUCUGGACCCCGACUUAAGCCACCGCCCCCACAGAAUCGAUUUGCUCCCUUUGGGGCAUUAAACCCCUUCAACCGCCAGUCCCCUUGCCCCUCACCUGAGCCUGCUGCCAGUCCCACAACAGAUUCUUCUAGAGGUGCAGAGGGUGGUGGGACAUCCUCAGGUGUAACCGAGGGAUUGUCCCCACCCCCUGACCCCACCUGGCGGCCUCCUGCUGACCUGUCUGCACUGUCACUGGAGGAGGUGUCGGCGUGCCUGCGGUUUAUUGGCCUACCAGAGGCGGCGGUGGCCGUGUUCCAGAGAGAACGAAUCGACGGCAGCUUCCUAGUGCAGCUGACUGAGGACAUCCUGUCACAUGACUUCCACCUGAGCCGACUCCAUGUGACCAAAAUCACGCAAUUCAUACAGGGCUGGAGGCCCAAAAUUUAACACAACCAGUGUUCUGAUAAUGUGCCUGCUGGCUGCUCAGCCUUCCUGAAUGUGCCUUUCACUGUGACUUACUGGCUACUGAACCUCAUUGACUGAAACUGAAGGAAACUACUCCACACUGUGGUCAGACUGUGGAACUGACUCAACUUGCUGACUUCGUAUUUGUCUGAUUUACAGACCAAAACUGGCGUACUAACAAAAGUUUGAACAGAAAGCUACAUGAUGAAAGAUGUCCCAUUGCUGUUUGUUUUAGGAGCUAGCCACAGUGUAUCUUCACACAACAGACCAACACCAGGGAGGACUUUUGUGGCCUUCAUGCUAUGGUUCCACAUAAAACCUGAUAUGAAAGGGAAAACUUUACUUCAUUUUACAUAAACAAUCUUUUAAGAAAUUAUCAGAAUUCAUGAAGUGAUAAGAUAUUGUGUUAUUUUCUCCACAUUAGGAUCUAAAUACAUUUCGAUAUAAUAUAUGUUUAGGCCUCUUUUGUUGAACAGCAGGACAUGUUGUAAUACACUAAACAUGUCCCCAUACUGGUCUCUUGCACAGCUUCCCAUUAAGCUUCAGUAUCAUUAAAUAGACACAAAGAUCAAAGAAAGAGCUAGUUCUUUCAUUUUGAUUAAGAAAAAAGAAACAUUCAGAAGAUAUUAAAUCUAAAAACAUCACUGAAUAAAUUAAAGACGGAGGUUGAACCACCUCUGAAUAUACAGUGCUGUCCAUCUGAACUAUUUUGUGCUUUGGGCUAGUGGCACUUGUGCUCCUUUUUAUGGAAUCACAAGUCAGAUACAUCAAUGUGUUGGCAUGAAAAAAUAGAUUUCUCUCCAUGUACCUCAAAUUGCUUGUUCGGACAUGCUUGAUUUAGCCAUACGUAAACAGAAAAGUAAUCACAUUUAAGCCACAGUUUUUUUUCUUAAUUUCCAGCUAAAAUUUAAGAAAAAGCUCUGAAAGAGACGAUACAGUUAAAAACUUUUGAAGUGAGUAUCUUUAAAGGAGGUGAAAGAUUUUUUUGAUAUAAACUUUUCACAAUUUGUUUUAUUUCUUACACUAAAUGAUUAAUUGACUAAUGCAAAAUAAAAUAAAAAAUCCAAAAAGUAUUCAGAUAGUUUAAACUGAUCAUCAGCACAGUGACCAGAUGCUUUCCAGGACUAACAGUAAUCCAGAUGAGUAUGAAAAUGAAGUUUAAAGUUGUUUUAAACUUAUUUAUUAAUACUUGUGAUUUUUUUUGUUGCCAUGCAAGCUGCUGUCCAUGCAUGAUGCCAGACAAACUCCUCUUAAAAUUCCUUGAAAAUGUUCCCAAAUUUUAUGGGUUGCAGCUAGGUCAGAUAGCUUCUUAUUGAUGUCAAGUUUCUAAAAAAUAAAGGUUCUCGUGGCAUUUCAGAAACUCCCCAUCCCGUGGCCUGACAUGCUAAUGAAAUAUUGAUGUACUCUCUGUGACCAUGUAACUGCAAGGCCACUGUCAGAUGAGCUAUGAAGGAAUAAAUGGGACAUUGAAAAAUAAAACAGGAUUUAAAUGA